AUGGCGUCGAACGCGCUCGUUCCGAGGGACGUUCCCGGCAGCGCUCAGAAUACGAGGCAGCGCUCCCCGGACGACAUCUACCAGGAACUGCUCCAGGAGAAUACGACGCACUUUUCGCCCGAAGAGCUCCAGCGCCUGCUCCUCGCCUUCAAGCGCGUCACCACCGACCGCCUGCAGGGCACCCAGUUUUACCAGAUCGUCGAGCAGGAGCUCGGGUGGACGAACCUCCUCCUCAGGAAACAGCUCUUCCGCGCGUUCGACAUAGACAACCAGGGCGAUGUCGACUUCCGCGAGUUCGCCGAGGCCUACGCCAUCAUGCUGCGAGGCACCGUCCCGGAGCUCCUCGACUUCGCGUGGCGCGUGUACCACGUCCAGGGCCCCCCGGACCAGCUCUCCCUCACCGACAUCUACACCGUGCUGCGGCUCGCGCUCUCCGGCCUCGAGGAGGUCCGCAGGAAGCAGGGCAAGGCCGCGGGCGGCGCCGCGGAGGAGUCGCGGUUCCCUGAGCGCGCCGCGAAGGCGCUCAUGGACCAGGUCUUCCCCGUGGGCAGGCCCGCAGUGAGCCGGCGAGAGUUCUCGCUCGCUGUGCUGCGGCACCGCAAGCUGGUCGACUGCCUGGUUCCCGGGUUCGAGCUGAUCCCUCAGGACGCGCUGCACCGCGCCGCGGAAGCCGGCGAGCUGGAGGAAGUGCAGCACCUGAUGAACGUCGACAAGCUCGACGUGGACGGCGAGGACGGCCUGCAGUACCCGACCACGCCGCUGCACCUCGCGAGCCGGUACGGGCACGCGCUCGUCGUGCGCGAGCUCCUCGAGGAGGGCGCGAACCCGCGCAUCCGCUCCCGCGAGGGCGCGACCGCGCUGGACCUCGCCGUCGAGCACAACAAGCACCCCGCGCUGGAGGCGAUGCUGGAGGCUGGUGCCGACGUGCUGGUGAAGAACGCCCGGGGCGCGACCGCGGUGCACACGGCGGCGCGCUGCGGCAACAUCACGGCGCUCAAGAGCCUCAUGAGCAAGGUCCCGGACAAGGUCGUGGCCCUCAAGGACGCGAACGGCGACACGCCGCUGCACGCAGCGGCGGCGGGCGACCACCACAUCGCGCUGGUGGUGUUCCUGGACUCGGGCGCGCUCGACGCGUCGCUCGGGCAGGACUGCGAGCUCGACGUGCGCAACGCGGCGGGGCAGACGCCGCUGCACGUCGCCGCGGUGCACAGGUCGUACCGCGUGGCGCGGCGGCUCAUCGAGCUGGGCGCCGACGCCGGCGCCGUGGACUUCAGCGGGCGGACCGUCCUGCACGCCGCGGCGUCCGUGCCCGGGAACGAGGCCGUGCUCGACAUCAUCCUCGCCGCGCGGCCCGCCGACGUCGCCGUGCGGGACAACGAGGGCGCCGCCGCGCUCAACCUGGCCGCGCGCGGCCGCGACGUGCGCAUGCUCAAGGCGCUCGCGCACGCCGGGUCCGACCCGAACACGCGCGAGAUCUCCACCGGCUACACCCCGCUCCACCGCGCGGUCCUCCUGUCGUGGUUCGAGGGCGUCGACGUGCUGCUGUCCAUGCCGAACGCGCUCCUCCUGCGCGACGCCGCCGGCUGCACGCCGCUCGACUACGCGCGCACGCCGGACGUCCUCGAGCUGCUCCGCGACUACGUCGACGCGCAGUACCCCGAGGCCGCGGACGACCACCCCGUGGUGUUCGACUUUGGCAUGGUCUUCCACGACGGCACGUGGCAGCAGAUGGUGACGGGCCCGGACGCGGGGAACAUGGUGCUCACGCGGCCGAAGGUGUCGCCCGCGGUGCGGCAGCAGCGCAUCCAGGCGGCGCUCAUCGACAAGGACUCGGUCGUGCGCCGGAUGCGGCGCGCGGGGCUCGUGGUGCACAAGGAGAAGGUGCACAUGAAGGGCAACGGGCUGUCGGGGCGCGUGCAGCAGUACGAGCUGGUGCGCAUCGGCGUGCCGCUGUACCGGCUGCAGCUGGAGGCGGCGCGGAUGCGGCAGCGGCAGAUGCGGGUGGAGUCCGGCGCGGAGGAGGACUUCUUCAUCGACCACGCGACGUACCCGGAGACGGGGUUCGCGCCGUUCACGCGCGGGCAGCGGCAGCGGAUCAUCCUGAACAUGAUCGAGGCCACGCCGGCGGAGAGCCCCGUUACGUCGCUGACGCUCGGCGCGGACGACAAGGCCGCGAGGGGCGUCGGGGGCGUGUCGGCGAGCGCGCUCGCGCGCGACGAGCGCGCCGCGGCGGCCGAGAUGGAGCUGGCGGAGUACCGGCCCGCGGGCAUCAAGCUUUCCCUGUACAUGCGCCUCAAAGUGGUGGACGACUUCUUCGUGCUGCACCACGAGCAGUCCAAGGAGGAGGUCCUCGCGGCGUGGCGCAUCGGCCAGCAGGGCUGGUUCGCGCACCUCGCGGCGUCCUUCCGGGAGUUCUUCUCGUCGGCGCGGCGGCGCGCGUCGCUGCCGCUGCUGGCGAUCCUGCGGUACUUCGGGACGAAGUUCGCGUUCUACGCCGCGUUCGUCGGGAUGCUCGGGCACUGGAUGAUCGCGCCGGCCGUCACGGGCCUCGUGUCGUUCGGCGUGAUCUGGAUCCCCGUGCGCAAGAGCGUGGCGGUGAACGACCCGUCGGACACGACGCUCAAGGACACGUACGACCACCCGAUCAUCUUCGGGUACGGCAUCUUCCUCGCGAUCUGGGCCAGCCUGCUCGUGCGGUACUGGGUGGUGAAGCAGAAGGAGCUGGCGUUCCGGUGGGGGUGCCACGCGUUGACCGAGUACCCCCGGACGGCGAACCCGUACUCGUCCGCGACGGUGAAGCGCAUGUUCGUGAACGGGACGUGGCAGUACCGUCCCGCGACGACGCCCGCGCAGUUCAAGACGCGCCUGACGCGGAUCACCUUUGUGUCGACGUUUGCCUUCCUGCUCUUCGUGGCGGCGACGGUGGCCAACUCGUGGGGCUGGCUGUACAUCAUCGACGUGGUCAUCGACGACCGCGAGUCCCUGCACAGCACGUUCCGGCCGUUCCUCGACGACGACGGCAACACGGCGAUCGAGAAGGACCGCAACCUCAAGGGCACGCUCGCGCUGUACGCGGCGACGGGCGGGUCGGCGCUGUGCAUCUACGUCCUCAACGCGCUGUGGGAGAAGGUCGCGGUGUGGCUGACGAAGAUGGAGGACUACGCGACGCUGCGCGAGUCGGACAUUUCGCUGGCGGUCAAGGUGGUGCUGUACCAGAGCAUCAACACGUACCUCUCGCUGCUGUACUUCGCGUACUGGGACCAGGACAUCGACAAGACGGCCGCGCAGCUCGCCGGCAUCAUCAUCGUCGGCUCGCUCGUCGCGCUGGUGCUGGAGUACCUCGUGCCGUACCUGCGCAACAAGACGACGGGCAUCAGCCAGCGGCGCGCGGACGAGCUCGCGGACGACGACGACGCGUCGACCUACGACUCCCGCACCGAGUCCGCGGGCUCCGGCUCCGGCUCGCGCGCGGGAGCCGGCGGGCGCCUCAAGACGAUGCUGGUGACCAAGCCCAAUAAGCGCAAGGUCGCGCCGAACGACACGAUCGACGACGGGCUCGCGCAGCGCGCCGCGUCGGGCAAGGGCGUGGAGCUCGCGGCGCCGGGGCAGGCGGGCAAGGCCGAGGCCGUCGUGGUGGACCGCGAGCACCGGUUCGAGGGCGCCAGCGAGGCCACGCGGGCGCAGAUCCUGUCGGACAGCGCCGAGUCGAGCACGGAGUUCGCGACGGUGCUGGUGCACUUCGGCCUCAUCGUGGGCUUCGGCGCGGUGUUCCCGCUCGCGUCCGUGAUGUCGUUCAUCCUCCUGCUCGUGGUGUACCGCGCCGACGUGUGGAAGUUCUGCCGGCUGGUGCGGCGGCCGAUCUCGGAGACGACGCCGGACAUCGGGAUCUUCCAGAUCAUCUUCGAGAUGUACGUCGUCGCGGGGAUCAUCAACCACUGCUUCAUGCUCUGCGUGGCGUCCGACGCGCUCCAGGAGUUCAUCAUCGGGCGCGAGAACCUCCAGCUCGACAUCUGGAAGCGCCUGUUCAUCGCGUUCUGCGCCGAGCAGGUCCUCGUGCUCAUCUUCUUCCUCUUCCGCACCGUCGGCGUCUCCCGGGACCCCGCGGCGCUCGUGGAGUCGCGCUCGGAGCCCCUGCGCUCGGUGCGCGAGGCCUACCAGCUCGGCACGAUCCUGCGCGAGAAGCGGUACGCGAUGAUGGUCGCGAACGAGGUGCCGCUGACCGGCGACGAGGCCGUGCGCGGCGCCGCGGAGGCCCUCGAGGUGGAGACGGAGGCCGCGAUCAAGUACCUGCAAGUGGUGCGGUACCUCGAUAGUCUGCCUGGGGCGGAGCGGCGGCGCAUCCUGGUGGACAACGACGCGGGGAUCCAGGCGCUGAAUGCGCGGAUCGCGCUCGCGAAGCGCACGGGCGCGUGGGAGGACCGGAACGAGGCGCCCACGCUGCCGGGGUUGUUGCAGCAGCUGGUGCCGGUGGUGGACCUGGAGCGGUGCUACGUGCUCGGGAAGCAGUUCCGCGAGGCGGUGUGGCGCGUGUGGCGCGCGAACAGCGUGCGGCUGCUGUCGGACGAGGAGGGCGUCGACCCGGACAGCCCCCCCGUCGUCGCCGCCAUCCGCCAGCUCGCCGCGGCCGACGUGGGCAUCACGCUCGGCCAGGCGGACCGCUACACGCGCCUGUGCCGCUACGUCGACGCCGCGGCGGCCGUCCAGGGCACCACGUGCUACGUCAUCCUCGGCCGCCUCGCCCGCAAGAUGCCCACUGGCCUCCUGGGCUUCCUCGAGACCGUGGCGCGCAAGCAACUGAACGACCCGGGCGACCCGCGCCCGUCGUCGAUCAGCGUGGUCGUCGAGCCGACGCGGCUGGCGUCGGUCGCGGUCGCGAAGGCCGCGGUCGUCAGGCGCGCCAUGUACGAAGCGUGGCUGAUCGACCACCACUUGAGCCACGACGAGAUCCUGGACAUCGUGGCGCGGCAGAAGGGCGUGAUGCGCGAGAGCCUCGAGCGGUACCUGCUCGUGAAGCGGUACGUGGACUCGCUGGACGAGACGCGCCGCCGGAGUCUGCUCGAGGUGGUCAAGGCGACGACGCUGGCGCUGGUGGUGGAGGUGGGGCACCUGGUGCGGGAGGGGGCGUGGAUGGACGGGGGCGAGCCGGACUUCCGGCGGCCGGAGAACCAGCCGGCGACGGUGCCGGACGCGUUCGCGGAGACCACGGCGACGGAGACCAUGCACAUCUCGCGGGCGCUGGGGAACGCGCUGGACGACGUCGUGUAG